AUGGCUGCUCUCCUGGGCGCUUCGUUAUCGUGGUCCUUCAAGGUCGACCAGGCCACAAUCCGGUCAAAGCUCUAUAACCUAGACCUUGUUCGUUCGACUGGGGGUACUAAAAAGGAGCUGAACAAGCGCCGCAAUCCCAAACUCGGGAAGAGACAAGUCCCAGUAAAGGUCCGGGGUAUGGAGUUAGACGAAUGGGGGAAUAUGGCGAUGGCAAAUUAA